UCAGUCUUCAAAUUCAGUCCAUCGACGCUCUUUGCUUUUUCGUCUGCCUCCUCAGUCCGCCGUUUCGCCCUUGUUAACACAUCCAUGUUUGUCGAUUUGUGUGUUUCUGCACCUGCGACACAGUCCGAUCGGCUGCAGUUCCGCCAGCACUUGACGUCGUUUGGCUAUGGCGCAGUGGCAUACAACCAGCGCUUUGCAGGGCGCAUCGCCGUUGGCAAGAACGUUCCUCCACCCCCGUUUGUCCCUGCUGCUGCCGACGGAGUGCACGCACCAAGUAGUUCAAGUAGUACACCCACGUCCAAUGCUGCUGCUGCUGCUGCGGCCAGCAACAUAGCCUCAAGUCGCACUCGCUGGACUGCUGCAAUCGCCGACCGACUCAAACAGACGCCAACUUCAUCCAUGCUGGAGCUGUCUCGCCUCACUGUGGUGAUUGCCGACCAGCAAGAUUGGGCAGGAUAUUGCACCAACUACCAGCAAGUCCUCAAAAACUACGACAUUCUGGCCGUUCAACCGGAAACGGAAAAGCUGUUGCAGCAGUGCCUGCAGUCCAGCGAGGUGGACAUUAUCACGCUUGACAUGUCCAAGCGAACACCGUUUUUCAUCAAGCAUAGCAUGGCGCGCGUUGCCCUUGAACAAGGGAUUGUAUUCGAGCUCUUGUACACGGACGCCAUCCGCAACUCUGAAUCGCGUCGCUCGCUGAUAUUAAACGCACUAUCCUUGAUCCGGGCAACGAAAGGCCGAAACGUGAUUCUCUCCAGCGGCGCGCAAAAACCGAUCGAGCUGCGCUCACCUUACGACGUGAUGAAUCUUGGUCUCCUUUUCGGACUCACCCACGAGCGUUCGCGCAAUUGCUUGACAUCCCUACCCCGCGGCGUUCUGUACCAUGCCGAAACACGACUCACGACUGGUCUCUCUGCUGUUCGCAUCACUCCGCUCGCAGCAACCGCCGCGAAAGCCGACAAAGCUGGUUCCAAAAAUGCUCCCUCCAGCAACGCUGCUGCUACCAUGAAACCACUUGCCAACACUACUGCAGCCAAAGGCAAGCGACCUAUCAGGAGCACUUCUGCAAGCGGUGAUGAUGACGACGACGAAGACGAGGAUGAAGACGUCAGCGACGACGAGGAUGACGAUGAUGAUGAUGACACUGACCAAACUCCGAUGAAGCUAUGAUGCCGAGCGCAAUUACGGCUUUUACUAUGGAAUUAUUAUAUUUUUGCAAUAAUUAACAAAACAUUCUCA